AUGAAUUUAAAUUUAUCACGUAUAGAUAUUUUCCAAGUUGGAACUACUUCUCAAGAUUGCCUAAAAAUAAUUACUUUAAAUGAUGAUGAAAAAAAGGCUAAAAAAAAGUCUAAAAAAAAUAAAAGUUUGAUAAAGAUUGUUGUUGGAAGUCAGGAUGGUGUUCUUACUUGCCUUGAAAAUAGAGAUUCAUCUUAUAAUGUUGUUUUUAAAACAUUAUCUGGUCCACCAAUUGUUUGUGUAAAAUUAGGUGGUGCACUUAAUACUAUUCAAGAUCGAAUUUUUAUUGGUGUGGAUAAUUUUGUUAAGGGAUAUUCAAGAAAAGGAAAACCAUUUUUUUCUUUUGAAUGUAAUUUUACUGAACCAAUAACGGCAAUGUAUGUCUAUGGUGUAGAUUUAUUAAUAUGUUCCCGAAAUGUUUUAACACAUUAUCAUGAUCUUCAGGAAACAAAUAGUUAUAUUUGUGGUGAAGUUAUAACUGAUGUGAUAUGCCUUCCUGUUUCUGAAGGAAGUUGGGUAGGGAGAGGACUAACACCUGUAAUAUCAUGUGAAGACAAAAAAAUACGUGUAUUAAGUAAUGGAGAAUUAUGUUAUGUUAUCAAAAUAAGUGAUGUAGCAAAUAUAUUAUCAUUAUAUAUGAAUGAUGGUGGAUACAGUAGGCAAAAAGUUUUAUAUGGAACAAGAGAUGGAAAAAUUGGAUUACUUGAUUUACCUGAAAAAGAUGGAAAAGUAUUAUGGGAGAUUGAUACAACGUCUAUCUCUAAGAUAACUUCCGUAUUUUAUUAUUCAUUGUAUGGAAAUAGUCAUCCUGAUAUUAUUAUUGGUAAAGAUGAUGGAAUAAUAGAUUUUUUUAAUGCAGAUGAGAUGGAUAAUCUAACAUUAAAACAAAGUUACAAUUGUGAAGAUUCAAUAACAGGAAUUGUUUGUGGGAAAUUCACAAAUCCUAAUUAUGAUGAAAUUAUUGUUUCAUCAUAUUCAGGUUGGAUUUUUUCAUUGACAACAGAACCACCUAAAAAUAAUAAGGAAGGUGAGACAAAUAGUGUUCCACAGUUUGAUAUUAAAAUGGAACAAUUAAAAAAAGAAGUAACAGAUUUAGAAAGUCAACUUCAGGAAUAUAGAACAAAAUUUCAAGAAGCUGCAACUAAAGAUGAUGAAGAAAUUAUAAUUGCUCCAGAGUUUGUUGUUAAUGAUAAUUUUACUUUAAAUAAAGAACUUGCUUGUUAUACAUUAACAAUUGAAUUAGUUCUUCCAAUUGAUUUUGUAGUUUUACAAUGUAAUGUUAAUGUUGAAUUAAUGGAUGUUGAUAAAAAUUUAAGUGUUGUCUCUUUAACAAAUACUAGUAUUUUUCCUGAACAUGGUAAUGCUCUUUUAGCAUCAUAUAGAUGUCAAUCUAAUACAAAUCGUAUUGAAAUACGUAUACGAUCUGUUGAGGGACAAUAUGGUACAUUAAAAGCAUAUAUAGUUCCAAAAGGAUUACCAAAAACAUGUCAGGUAAGUAGUAAAAUAGAAACUUUUAUUAUUAAAAAACAAAUUAUUUUUUUUUUAUGGAAAUGA